AUGGCAACUAGGAAAGUCAAAGAUACUCAGCUAUACGACGUACUCGGCGUCAAGCCAGAAGCUACCGAUAUCGAGUUGAAGAAGGCUUAUCGAAAGCUCGCCAUCAAAUGGCACCCGGACAAGAACUCUUCCGAAGAAGCAGAGAUCAAGUUCAAGGAAAUUGGUGAAGCCUACCAGAUCCUAUCUGACCCAGACACUCGAGCGUUUUACGAUAAAGUCGGUAAAGAUGGGAUGAACAGGCCUGAAGCGGAGAAUAUGGAUCCUACAGAGAUCUUUGGGAAGAUAUUCGGAGGAGAGGCUUUCUUCGACUAUAUUGGAGAAAUCGCUCUUGUCAAAGACUUCACAACCACCAUGGACGUCGUUAUGACACCAGAAGAACGAGCUGAGAUGGAAGCUGCCAAAGAAGCUGGCGAGACCGACGAAACCGUACCUGGAGAUGCGGAACUAGCAGCUGCCGCCGCUGCAGGAGCUACCACCACAGCUGCAUCCGAGGGCACCACUGUCAACCCUACUGCCGCCGCGGCUGCUGCAGAAGAAUCCAAUACUUCCUUAGCUCAUCAUUCAUCUUUCUCCGCUUCUGCCUCCGCUUCUGGAUCAGCUUCCGGAUCAGUCUCAGUUGGUGGUGGUUCAGCCGGGAAAGACAAAAAGGGUAAACCAAAGUUGACACCUGAGCAGAAAGCUCAAUUGGAAGCUUUAGAGAAGAAGCAGGAAGAAGAGAGGAAAGCUAGGGUCGAAGCACUGGUCCAGAAACUCACUCAGCGUAUCAGACCUUUCGUAGAUGCCAAAAGUCCCGGAGAUAAAGACGAUCCAGAGACUAAAGUGUUCGAAAGCAGGAUAAGGAUAGAGGCGGAAGAUCUUAAAUUGGAAUCUUUCGGUGUUGAGAUGCUCCAUACGAUCUCACAAGUGUAUAUAACCAAAGCUGGUAAUUUCCUGAAAUCGAAGAAAUUCUUCGGUGGUGGAUUUUUCGGUAGAUUGAAGGAAAAGGGAGGUAUGGUGAAAGAAGGUUGGGGUUUACUUGGUUCAGCUAUCGGUGUACAGAGCGCUAUGGAGGAAUUGGAAAGACUCGAAGCUAAGGGUGAUGCUACGCCUGAAGAGAUGGAGGCGUUAGCUCAGGAAGUGUCGAGUAAGAUGUUGUUGACGACUUGGAGAGCGACUCGAUGGGAAGUCAUCAAUGUGUUGAAUGCCGUUGUGGAUAAAGUACUUUACGAGCCUGGAAUACAUAAAGAUGUAGCUUUGAAGAGGGCCAAGGCGAUCCUUACUAUCGGAGGGAUUUUCAAGGAUGUCAAGGCUGAUGAAUCGGAUGAUGAACGAAGAGAAUUGGAAAGAUUGGUUAUGAACGCCGGUAAGAAGAAAGAAAAGACCAAAGAGAAGAAAUCAAGCGGUGGUGGAUGGUUUGGAGGUAAAUCAUCAUCCCCCAAACCUGACGCCACUGUGACGGGAGAAAAGCCAGAAGUCCCAUCGGAAAAGAAAGAAGACGAGAAAGCUACUACGGCCUAA